AUGUGUGAAGGAAGACACAAUGACAAAAUGGCUGUGAGAUCCGCCAUGAAGGAGGAGCUGAAGGCAACACAGACAAAACCUACUCUGUGCGACUUGUUCCACACACCCAACCUGUGUAAACGGAUCUGUCUCCUGUCCUUGKUGAGAUUUGCAACAAUGAUGCCUACUUUUGGCUUGACUCUCCACCUCCAGCACCUGGGGAUCAAUGUUUUCCUGGUCCAGGUUCUCCUUGGUGUAGUCAAACUCCCAGCCAAUUAUCUUUCACUUUGGGCGCUGAAACACAGGGGCCGUCGUAUAAGCAUAUUUUUUUUCAYGUCCAUGAUGGGAAUCACUUUGCUGGCCAUCGUAUUUGUGCCUUCAGRAAUGCAGACUGUGCGUAUGAUUCUGACAACUUUGGGAGGAGGAAUUUGUUUUGCCUCUAUUACCUGUUGUUUGACCCAGGCAAAUGAACUGCUCCCCACCGUCAUCAGGGCAACAGCUUUUGGAAUCAUUGGAGUUUGCGGUAGUUUGGGGGCAGCUSUGGCUCCCCUGUUGAUGACCCUGGAAACAUAUGCUGAACCCUUGCCCUGGAUCAUCUAUGGAGCCUCCUGCAUCUUUAUUAGCCUYGUUGUCUUCCUCCUUCCAGAAACCAGGAAUCAUCAACUGCCUGACUCCCUCCAAGAUAUAGAAAAUGGUGGGAAAGGCUCAAGAAAAACAGAGCUGGAAGAUACCUCCAUCAAAGUGACACACUUCUAA